CGCGGUCUGCCGGCGCCCCGGCACACACCGAGCGCUGGAGGCUCCGCCGUGCCGCCUGCCAACCCGGGAUCUACCUCCGUGAUUUUUUUUUUUUUUUUUUGAGACCCGGCUUUUUUUUUUUUUUUUUUUUUUUUUUUUUUUCCUCUCUCUCUCUCCUCCUGUCCCCAUCGCCCGUUUUUACUCGAUUUUUGGGAAAUUCUUGGCUCGCUGCGGGAAUUCGGGAUUUUUUUCUAAGAGGGGGGUGUCUGGGCAUCUCCCCCCGGCGCCCACUGCCUUGCUCCACCUGCCCUUGCGCCUUUUCUCUUCUUUUCCCCUGUCUGUCUCUCCCACCAAACCCGGGCUGAUGUGCUGUGCGAGAGGCUGGAAAUGGAAGUGUUGAUGCUCUGGCUUUUCCCCUGGAUAUUUCAGUGCGUUUCGGUGCGGGCGGACUCCAUCAUCCACAUUGGUGCCAUUUUCGAGGGCAAUGCUGCCAAGGACGACGAGGUGUUCAAGCAGGCGGUGUCGGAUCUGAACCUCAAUGACGACAUCCUCCAGAGCGAGAAAAUCACUUACUCCAUCAAGCUCAUAGAGGCCAACAACCCCUUCCAUGCGGUGCAGGAAGCCUGUGACCUGAUGACCCUGGGGAUCUUAGCCUUGGUGACGUCCACUGGUUGUGCCUCGGCCAACGCCCUGCAGUCCCUGACGGACGCCAUGCACAUCCCGCACCUUUUUGUCCAGCGGAACACGGGAGGCUCCCCCCGCACCGCCUGCCACCUGAACCCCAGCCUGGAGGAGGAGGAGUACACGCUGGCCGCCCGCCCGCCCGUCCGCCUCAACGACGUCAUGCUCAAACUGGUCACUGAGCUGCGCUGGCAGAAAUUCAUAGUGUUCUAUGACAGUGAUUAUGAUAUACGUGGGCUGCAGGGAUUUCUCGAUCAGGCCUCAAGACUGGGACUUGAUGUAUCAUUACAAAAAGUGGACAGGAACAUCAGCAGAGUAUUUUCCAACCUUUUUACUACCAUGAAAACAGAAGAGCUGAACCGCUAUCGGGACACGUUGCGGAGGGCUAUCUUACUGCUGAGCCCACGGGGAGCCCAGACUUUUAUUAAUGAGGCUGUGGAAACCAACCUUGCAUCAAAGGAUAGUCACUGGGUCUAUGUAAAUGAGGAAAUCACUGAUAAUGAGAUAUUAGAGUUGGUGCAUAGUGCUCUGGGGAGGAUGACAGUGAUCCGGCAAAUUUUCCCUCUCUCAAGGGACAACAACCAGAGGUGCAUGAGGAACAACCACCGGAUAUCGUCCCUGCUGUGUGACCCACAGGAAGGCUACCUUCAGAUGCUGCAGGUUUCCAACCUGUACCUGUAUGACAGUGUGCUCAUGCUGGCCAAUGCUUUCCACAGAAAACUGGAGGACAGGAAAUGGCACAGCAUGGCAAGCCUGAACUGCAUGAGGAAAUCCACCAAACCUUGGAAUGGAGGACGAUCCAUGCUAGAGACUAUUAAGAAGGGCCAUAUAACUGGGCUUACUGGUGUUAUGGAGUUCAGAGAAGAUGGUGCCAACCCCUAUGUUCAAUUUGAAAUCCUGGGCACAAGCUACAGUGAAACCUUUGGCAAAGAUGUGCGGAGGUUGGCAACGUGGGACUCUGAGAAAGGACUGAAUGGCAGCCUACAGGAGAGACGUCUGGGCAAUGACUUACAAGGAGUGACACUCAAAGUGGUGACUGUCUUGGAAGAACCUUUUGUGAUGGUGGCAGAGAACAUACUUGGGCAGCCAAAACGAUAUAAAGGAUUUUCCAUUGAUGUCCUGGACGCACUUGCCAAGAAUCUAGGCUUCAAGUAUGAGAUUUAUCAAGCUCCUGAUGGCAAAUAUGGACAGCAGCUCCAAAACAGCUCGUGGAAUGGCAUGAUUGGAGAACUCAUUAACAAGAGAGCAGACCUGGCCAUCUCAGCCAUCACCAUAACACCCGAACGAGAGAGCGUUGUGGACUUCAGCAAGCGCUACAUGGACUAUUCUGUGGGGAUCUUAAUCAAAAAACCCGAAGAGAAAAUCAACAUCUUCUCUCUCUUUGCUCCUUUCGACUUUGCGGUGUGGGCCUGCAUCGCCGCAGCCAUCCCUAUAGUCGGCGUCUUGAUCUUCGUCCUGAACCGGAUCCAGGCAGUCAGGGCACAGAACGCUUCCCAGCCCAGCCCUUCUGUGUCCUCCACCCUCCACAGUGCCAUCUGGGUUGUGUACGGAGCCUUUGUUCAGCAAGGGAGUGAAUCCACUGUCAAUUCUGUGGCAAUGCGCAUUGUAAUGGGAAGCUGGUGGCUCUUCACCCUUAUCGUGUGCUCUUCCUACACAGCGAAUUUAGCAGCAUUUCUCACAGUAUCAAGGAUGGAUAAUCCCAUCAGAACAUUUCAAGAUCUGUCCAAACAAAUGGAUAUAUCUUAUGGUACAGUCAGGGAUUCAGCAGUGUAUGAAUACUUUAAAGCAAAAGGGACAAACCCUUUGGAGCAGGAUAACACAUUUGCUGAACUGUGGAGGACAAUCAGUAAGAAUAAUGGGGCAGAUAAUUGCGUAUCGAACCCUUCUGAAGGCAUCAGGAAGGCCAAGAAAGGAAAUUAUGCUUUCCUGUGGGAUGUGACAGUGGUGGAAUACGCGGCGCUGACAGAUGACGAAUGCUCUGUGACAGUCAUAGGAAACAGCAUCAGCAGCAAAGGAUACGGGAUAGCACUCCAGCAUGGAAGUCCCUACAGAGAUCUUUUCUCCCAGAGGAUCCUAGAGUUGCAAGAAAGUGGAGAUUUGGAUGUUCUUAAACAGAAAUGGUGGCCACGGAUGGGACGCUGUGACCUGAAUAGCCAUACCAAUGCACAGACAGAUGGGAAGGCACUCAAGCUUCACAGUUUUGCAGGCGUUUUCUGCAUUUUAGCAAUAGGCCUUCUUCUUGCUUGCUUGGUGGCAGCAUUGGAAUUGUGGUGGAACAGCAACCGUUGUCAUCAAGAAACACCGAAAGAGAUACAGCAUGGGCAGCAGCAGUGCAAACUUCCCCUCAUUGCCCCACCAUUGUGCCUCAGCCCUGACCUGGAGAGACCACCUUUAGGGGACAAAGAAGUGAAUCUGGAGCAGGUCCACAGGCGCAUGAACAGUUUAAUUGACGAAGACAUAGCCCACAAGCAAAUCUCUCCGGCGUCCAUUGAAAUCUCAGCCCUGGAGAUCGGUGGCAUGCAGCCAGCCCAGACCCUGGAGCCCGUGCGCGAAUACCAGAACACGCAACUGUCUGUCACCACCUUUUUACCAGAACAGACAACUCAUGGUGCCAGCAGGACACUCACAGCUGCCUCUGGCAGCAACCUGCCGCUGCCCCUGAGCAGCUCAGCCACCAUGCCCUCCAUACAGUGCAAACACAGGUCACCAAACGGAGGACUAUUUCGUCAGAGCCCCGUGAAAACCCCCAUCCCAAUGUCAUUCCAGUCCGUGCCGGGGGGAGUCAUUCCAGAAGCGAUGGAGCCCUCGCAUGGAACAUCCAUAUGAUGAAAACAAACAGUAAAACAACCAGCAGAGCUUUUUAAUACAAAAAAAUUUAAAAGGAACAAAAAAAAAAAAGCAAACAAACUCUUACAUUUUUCUUGUAUAUACUUGUAAAUAAUGAAAGAAUGAAGUGGGGUAAAAGUGUAUUUUGAAUAUUCCCAAUUUUAGAAGUAAGUAAAAAACAAAACAAAAACAAACAAAAUGUAUGAAUGACUUUGUAAAUUUUGUUCUAUAUGAAUAAAAAGGCAAACUACUUGUGGUCGUUCUCAAGUGCCAAAGAAGACCUGUUACUGGGACUGAGGGCCAUACUUUUCUUUUUUUCCAUGGAUUUCAACACUUAUUCCCUUACAGGUUUGUUGGGGUUUUUUUUAAGAGCAAAAAAGUUAUCUGUUUCUUGCUAGAAAAAUUCACCAUGCUCAGAUCUCUCCUUUUCCCAGAACCCUAUUUUAUAAUCAAGAUGACAAUUCACUUGCAGAACUUAACAGCAGGUAUUAGCAUAGCAGUAACAAAUAUUUGAAAGGUGAAUUAUAACUAAAAUCCAACAAACAAUAAACAGGAAAAAAAAAAGAAAAAAAGAGAAUUUUUUCCUUCUAACAAGAAUUUAAACUUCCACACAGUUUCUAAGUUUAAACACAGGAUUGUUGGAUUGUGUUUUUACAUGUCUGCUCUGCUGUGUGGCUCCUGUUUAACUUUCUCUGUUUUGUUAUACAUAUAUAUAAUAUAUAUUAUAUAUAUUAUGAGGUAUAUAUUAUAUAUAUAUAAACACUCUGAUGAACAACAUGUUUUAGGUUAAGGGGAAAGCUUUUAAGAAAAACUGCUCAGCUUUUAUUUUUUUUUCUUGUGUACAUGACUGAAAAUGGGGAGGAACCAAUGGAGUGAGCAAAGGAAGAACUGUAAAGGCAGGAGAUAAUGGCAUUGCAGUGUCUGUGCCCUCUGGUGCCAUUUCUUUCUUUAAGAUUUCAAUGAAUUUGUUACAUAAUGGAUGCAAUGCUCUCUGUUGAAGUCAUAUCCCUGAAUGGCAAGGCUAAGCUCAUGACUAUAAGCACAGCUCUGCUUUCUUUUUCCAUUGAUUUUGUAAAGAGAAACAUUUUAAUAGCCAUAUCUAUAAUUGUGGUAGAAAUGGCUGUAAAAAAAAAACACAACUUUUUUUUUUGUCUAUGAGACACAGAGAACAAAGAUAGAGCAACCCAUAUAGCUAAUUUAAUGUCUUGUUCUGCAAAUAUUACCAGUGUAAUUUCAUAUGACAGAAAAAAAAUCAAAUCAAAACCUAACACAUUGUUUCCUUCCCAAAUAGUGUCUUGAAUGCCAAACAUAACGGCUCCCUGCUCCCCCACCUACGCUUAAUGGACCAUCACUCUCUUUCAAAAUGGGGAUAAUUUAGUGUCUUCUCAAAUGUAUCCCUAUAACUAGGUUGUAAUUUCCCUUCCCAGCUGGAUUUCUUCACUUUAUUAGAACACUGCUAUUUGGAAAAGGUUGUAGAACCUGGUGCAGCGAAAUCACUGUCUACAUUAAGGUGAAAAAUUCUGUUUGAACAAAGGUAGAAAUGCUUUCACAUCCCAAGAAAGUCAGCAGGCAAUCUGGGCCAGGUUUUUUGAUAAAUAAACAUUCCAUUGACUGCUCCUAAUUUGAUUUGCAUAAUUACACAACAGAUAUAUUUAUGGGCUGAUUAAAGUCCCCAAAUUUUUACAUUUCUAGUUUAAGCAAUAGGGAGGAAAAGUCAACCUGUGACAUAAAACCAGCCUGAUGGAAGAGCAUACUCAGCACACUACUUUUUAAAUAACGAAUAUUGAUGGUAAGCUUAUAGAAGGAGUACUCUUACAGGAAUUAAUUUGUCUCUCUUGACAAGCUGUUUCCUCCUGAAGAUGCUGUGAUUUUGCAGCUUGGCACAAAUUGAACUAUUUGCCUCAAACUAAUUAAAAAUGAAUAAUGCUCUACUCAGCUGACUAGAUUUAUCCUAUUUAGAGACUUGUCCCACACAAACUUGGGAUUUUUUUUCUUUAUUCUUUUGUCACACUUUUUCUUAUCGUUAUCUUAACAAACCUAUGGCCACAGGAAAAAAAUUCUUCCAUGAAUACACUAAUUAGUUAUGGCAGAAAUAGCUGCACUAAUAAGAAUAUGCACACACAGGAAUCUGUAAAGGUGCUUAGGAGAAAGCGUGCAACUAUUUGCAUUUGAAAAAAUCUCUUGUCUUUAUUACCAGUUCGGGAUUUUAGCAGCAACAGAGGAAUAUGCUCCAGAAGAGGUGCAAGGAGAUGCUGGAGUAGCUACAAGGGUGCAAUCUGCAACCUUGGGCUUGGUUAUACUGGAUAACUUUAACUGACCUGCAUUUGUGGGGCAGAUGGUGAAUACAGUUUUUUGGGGGUAUUAAUUUUAACAUUCUUUGUAUUCAGUGUUCUCCUCCUGGCUUAGUCUUGCUGUAAAGUUUGGAAGUCUGGUUUAACUUAUAAACAACGUUAGAUCUCACUUAUGCAUAGAAUGUGACUCGCCUGUUUGAGGGUUCUGUAGCUUUACAUCUAAGAUGAUCAGGAUCUUGAAGACUCAAACCACGCAGCCCUCAUUCAGUAAAGUAUUUAAGCAUGUGUGGAAGUCCUCUCAAAAGCAGCUGCUUUAUGCACAGGCUGAAGUUCUUCACUGAUUAACGAUGCAGUUAAAAUGCACGUCUCAAAUUAAAUAUGUGCCUAAUUUUAAGCAGGUGAGUGAGCUUGCCAACCUCCCUGGGACUAUUCAGUUGCUUUAAGUUAACUGCCUUGAGUGCUUUGCUGCACCAGGGUCUAUUCUGUAAAAGUAAGGAUCUAUGAUGGAUCUGUCAUUGUCUUAGUUAUUUGUUUAUAUAAAAGUUAGCAAGUCAUAGCUUGAGCCUAUCAGGCUUGACAGGGAGCUGUUAAAUCCUUCAUGUGAUAGUGGUUUGGUUUUAGAUUAUUUAAGCAAAUCACCGGGUUCUCCUUGAACAUAAACAAUGUUUCUAUCCCCAUGAGUUUCAUUUUUCAAAGUAAAUGGAGAAUGUAUGUUUUUCA